AUGAACACUCGCCAACUACACGUCGGCAUCGUCGGUGCCGGCCUGUCCGGGCUGCGCUGCGCCGACAUUCUCAUCCAGAACGGAGCUCGAGUGACCAUCCUAGAAGCAAGGGACCGGAUAGGAGGAAGGGUUCAUCAAGAAGACGUCGGCAGACACCUGGUCGACCUCGGGCCAAACUGGAUACAUGGUACUGGUAACAACCCGAUCAUGUCCAUAGCCGAGGCGACCAAAACAACCACGCAUGAUCCAGAGGGCGAGAAUAUCCUGCUCUCGCGGGAUGGCGCCGUGGUCGACGCGGAUCUCGCAACCAAGGCCUCGGAAUUUAUGUGGACGACUAUCGAGCAAGCUUUCGAGUACAGCAACAAGCACGGCGAGUCUAUCCCGGCAGGCCGAAGCCUGUUCAACUUCUUUCAGGAGAAAGUCCAGCAGACAGGGUUUUCGCCCGCUGAACAAGAACUCUGUCUGGAUGCUUGUAAGCUCUGGGGUGCCUAUGUGGGGGAUCCUAUUGAGAGGCAGAGCUUGAAGUUUUUCUGUUUAGAGGAAUGUACUGAUGGGAGUAACUAUUUCGUUGCGUCCACUUAUAAGCGAAUUCUAGAGCAUGUCUCGAGGACUGCUCGUGAACAGGCUGAUAUUCGGUUGAACCAGCCUGUCAGCAGAAUUGACACUGUGCCUCGUAAGGAUGGAGAGCAGCAUCAAGUAACCCUCACCACGACCACAGGGGACCGCUAUGCUUUCGACGAGGUAGUGGUGACUUGUCCACUCGGCUGGCUCAAGCGAAACCAGCAUGCGUUCCACCCCCAGCUCCCCAAUCGACUGCGGCAAGCCAUUGAUGGCAUCUCCUAUGGCCGGCUCGAGAAAGUCUACGUUACCUUCCCACGAGCCUUCUGGCAGUCGGGACCUAAUGGCAAAGGAGUAGGCCCUGACUGGGCCCAGUUUCUGGAACCAAACUACACAGACCACCCAGCGCACAUCCAGUGGAGCCAAGAAUGUCUCUCGCUCGCCUCACUCCCUCCCUCCUGCGCACAACCCACACUACUCUUCUAUGUCUAUGGCCCCUGUGCCACACACCUAGUUGAAGGAAUAGCAGAUCUCGAACCGUCAUCAGCGGACUACAAAGAUUUCCUGGUUCAGUUCCUACAGCCUUUCUUCUCGCGUCUCCCAGGAUACUCUGUCUCUUCACCAGACUGCAAACCAAGCGCUUGUCUCGCUACACGCUGGCAGGCAGAUCCUUAUGCUGGCAAUGGCUCAUACUGUAACUUCCAGGUUGGCCUCACACAAGCAGACAAGGAUAUUGAGGCGUUACGAUCCGGGGGUGGUCUAGGAUGUAGUCAAGGAUUGUGGUUUGCUGGCGAACAUACUGCACCCUUUGUGGCACUUGGUACAACGACUGGUGCAUAUUGGAGUGGUGAGCGUGCCGGUAGGCAGCUAUGUCAGGCUCGUGGGCUUGGGAGUGUGGGAAUUGGUGCUGGAAGAGAUGAUUCUCUGCCUUCUGCUCAUAAGCAGUGA